AUGAGCGAGAACGUGCGACCUGCUCUUCAAGCACUCGACCACAACAAACCGGCGAGCGAACCGAUAGCAAAGCGCAGCAACCAUGCGAAAGAAGACGAGAGUGUCACUAAGAAGUUAGAGGAUAUGAGCUCUGAGAAGGAGUUCCUGUCAAACAAGCUGAAUGAAGUUCUGGAUGAUUACGAGGAGCUGAGGAAAGCAUAUGACGAGCUUCAUGAGCACAACAAGCAGCUCAAGGUCGAGCUGAUCAACACAGCAGAGGAGUCAUCAGAGUGGAAGAACUCGUAUGAGAGCCUGCAGACAGAGGGAUCUGAGCUGUUCAAGACUUACGAGAGGAAGUGCACCAUGUUGAAGCAGGUGACGGCUCAGCUUGAGGAGCAAAAGUCAACGAUGCAGGAGAAGGAGAAUCGGAUGAAUGCGAUGCAACAGGAGCUGAGAGAUUCUCAAGCUGAUCGUGACGAUCUCCGUGCCAAAGUGAAGGCCCAGAGCGAGCUCUUGAACCGUCAGGAGAGUGAAUACCUAGAGCUCAAGUCCGAAUACAACCAGCUGUUGGAGAAGCUGGAGCUGCUUGAAGGAGAGUCAAGAGGGCUGGCAAGGCCGGCGAGCUCUGGCCCAGCAGAGUCGUCCUCCAGGCUCGAGAAUGAGAGGAUCGAGUUUGCAGUCCACAAGUCCAUGGAAGAGAUCGUGAAGUUGGAGGAGAUUGUCAAGAAACUCUGGGCCAGCAACUGGAACCAAGGCGGCUGCGUGGACAACAGGAGCACCGAGAAUUUCUCCGUCUUCAAGACUCCUUCCCGCACCCCUGGCCGCAACCUCCACAAGACACCCAGCAGAGUGAUAGCAGAGAUAGAGCAGCUGUCUCCCUCGGCUCUGCAGGAGAGAGCAGAGAGCCUGAUCAUCAGGAACGACCUUCUUCGACAGGAGCUGGAUGCCAGCAAGCGAGAGCGGGAGGAGAGGAAAGAGUACGCGCAAAGCUGCGAGAUCGCGCUGCAGGAGAGGAUCAAGGACUUGGACGAGGAGAGGCGCAGGAGCGACGCGCUCUCGGACAAGCUCGAGUUGCUGUCCAAGGAGCUACGAGCCCUGCAGCUUGAGAAUGAUUCUAUGAAGCAGCAGGUCAAAAACCUGGAGGAAGCUGGGCAUGCAGCAGGGAUGGCUGUACAGCAGGAGCUUGAAGCCGCCAAGCAGCACCUGAGCGAAGCUGAGGAGGUGAAGCGACUGCACGAGAACUCCAUGGCGUCACUCAAGAAGCAACUUGACGAGCAGAUCCUAGCCACCAAGAAUGCUGAGAACGACAUGCGGAUCAUGUACAAGCGGCACAAGAAGGAGAUGCAAGAGAUGAGCGACAAGUUCAAGGCUGGAGACUACGAGGAGCGAUACAAAGAAGCCGUACAGAAGGCCUCCCAGCUCGAGACGCUUGUGAGCAAGUGGGUCACCUACGCACGGCAAGUGGUGGAGAUGCGAACCCUGCAAGCCCAGCAGGUCGACCAGCUGGAGGUGAACUCCCGGGACAUGCUCGAGAUUGUCGAGCAGGCAAAGGCCAUCAAGCUUGAGGCGGAGGCAAAAGUGGCGAAGUGGUCGCGACAGACGAGGAGGAUGCAGAGGGACAUGACGAAGCUCGUGAGGAUGAAGACCCGAGCUCUUGAGGAGAGGAAGGAGCUGCAUGACAAGUACCUCGAGCUGGUCGAGGAGCUGCAAGCGCAGGGCGAGUACGCGCAGCAGCUGGAAGAGAACGAGCAGAAGAUGAUCGCAAAGUUCCGUGCGGAGAUGGAGGAGGUUGAAGAAAAGCUUCGAGAGAAGCACGCGGCUGAGAUGAAGGAGGAGCUCUCCAGGCUGCGCGAGGAAGCAGCAGAGCGCGAGGAGGAGCUGAAAAUGAUGCUGACGGCGGCGGAGGAGGAGAGAGACGGGCUGGCUCAGUCGGUCGAGGAGCUGGAGGCUCGCGCGGCCCAGCAGGAGGUCCAGCAGGCCCUGGCGGCGACCCUGGACAAGGUGGAGGCGGAGGCAGCCCUGGCUCAGCUGGAAAAGAAAGAGACGGAGCUGGGGGAGCUGAGAGCGAGGGUGAUAGAGCUGGAGGAGGCGACGAAGCAGAACGACCUUGUGUUCAGCGACACCAUGGCAGCGAUGCAGGCGAAGGAGGAUCGGUGCAGGGAGCUAGAGGAGGAGGCGGCCAAGCAGGAGGCCGAGCUCAAGAAGCUGCAGACAGCGAUGGAGGAUGCAGAGGCAUUCAACGACUCCGAGAGGAGCGCGACACAGGAGGCGCUCGACGAGCUCACCAAGUCGCUGGCGCAGGCGCAGGAGCAGGUGGAGGCAGCGCAGGAGCAGGUGGAGGAGGCUGAGAGGAAGGAGAUGGCGGCGAAGAUGGCGGCAGCAUGCGGCAUCGUGCGGCUGACGCGUGUGGCUGUGGAGGUUGCGGGAGAGGAGGAGGAGACGGACAUGAUCGACCCCGAGCUGCGGCAGCACUGGCGGGAAGACUCGUACGAGCAACAGCUGGCGGAGACGAAGACGUCCCACGAACUUCGCGCCCUGCUCGUCGGGCUCGCCUGCUCCGUCGAGAGCCUCCUGACGAGCUUCUCCUCGCGCCGUGACGAGCUGAAGGAGCAGGUGGCAAAGCUGCUGGAGGAGGAGGAGAGGAGGUCGCAGCAGCUGCAGGACAGCGAGGCUCGGGCGUCGCUGCUGCAGGAAGAGGUGACAGAGCUCAGGAGGACGCAGGAGGAGUGCAUGAAGACCAUCGAUGCGCUGGAGAAGUCUCAGAAGGACUUGGAGGAGGAGGUCGAGGCGAAGAGCAGGGAGUGGAUGCAGCUGAAGGAGGAGGCGGAGGCGCUGAGGACGGAGGCGGAGAGCUCGAGCAUGCAACUGGCCACAGUGUCGGAGGAGCGUCAGAAACUACAGGAGGAGAACGAGAAGCUGCGCCCUGAGCGAGAUAGCUUGCGAGCUGAGCUGGAAGAUAGCAACAUCCGACGGGGUCAGGCUGAAGCAGCGGAGGAGAGGAUGCGAGAGAAGGCAGAGAAGAAGCUCGCUGCCCUUCGUCACAACUUGCAGCGCUCAGAGGAGGAGUGUGCUUCUCUUGACGCCAUCCUCGCUCAUGUCCGUGCGGUUCUACACAUGUACAUCGACAGCCCGCAAAACCUUGAUUCACUUAAACGUUUGCUGCAUCGGAUCAGCCCUGAGGAUACUGAGGAGGAGAAUUGA